UAGCUGUUGAGCUGAAAGGUGAUAAUGUGUUGACACAGAGAGAAAGCGGGAGAAACACAAAGAGCAUCUACAGCAAGCAGCAACCCAGAUUUUUGUGGAAGUGAGGCCGGGCAAGGGGUGCAGGAGCCCCGUCCCUCUUGCUUCCCAGCCAUGAAGGGCAGACUGAAAGGACCCUGGAUCCUCUCUUUGCUCUUGGCUGGUUUAUUUCACCCCAACUGGGGGCAAGGACAAGAAGAGAUUUUGACAAGACUUCAAUUAUCUCAUCAACAUGAGGAACCAAGAUCUUGCCCGCGUGCUCCUAAUUCUCAACCGAUCCCAGAUCGAGCCAAGGUGGAUUGCUAUGACUCAGUUCAAGGAUCAGCCCAUGAUUACGGGGCUCUGUCUAUAACUGGUGAAUACAUCGCCUUCCGGAAUUUUGUGGGGAAGUAUAUCCUCUUUGUAAAUGUGGCCACUUUCUGAGGACUCACAGCACAAUAUCUUGAACUGAAUGCACUACAAACUACACUGGGACCUGACCGACUGGUCAUCUUAGGCUUCCCAUGCAAUCAAUUUGGAAAACAAGAACCUGGACAGAAUUCUGAAAUCCUUCAAGGAAUAAAACAUGUCAGGCCAGGGGGAGGUUUUGUCCCCAAUUUCCAACUCUUUCAAAAAAUUGAAGUAAAUGGGGAAAAUGAACAGAAAAUUUACACCUUCCUGAAGAACUCCUGUCCACCAGUUGUGGAAACUUUUGGUGACCCAGCAAGACUCUUCUGGACACCUAUGAAGAUCCAUGACAUUAAGUGGAACUUUGAGAAAUUUUUGGUUGAUCCUCAAGGAAAGCCGGUGAUGAGGUGGUUUCACCGGACAAAUGUUUCCACUGUAAAGAAUGAUAUCAUAAGAUACAUGAGGAAAAACAUAAAUGGAUAGACUCCAUACAAAUGAAGAUGGAUUCAGGCGGGGGGGAGGCAGGCUGUAGACAUAUCCAGACAUAUUCAUUUUCUUCUGCCAAACAACUGAACAUCCAAAUAUCCUUUAUUCAAAGCUAAAAUAGGGUUGUUAGAAUUUGCCUUACAAGGUGCCAAUUUACAUACUAAUAAUUCUAAAUAUUAAUAUCAAAAUUCUUAAUCUUAACCUAUUUUCAAGCAUAACUUUAUAAAAUCUCAGUUUACUCAAUGAUAGCAGGAUGGAAGCAAUAUGUAUUGGGAAACCAUUUUAGUAACUUCUGAUACUGCUUCAAACUUCUGUAACUUGAGCAUGAGUAACAAGAUCAAGAUGAUAUUUUGAUUUUUGCAUCUCUAGUAUAUUAUGGUACUAAAGAAGACUAUUCCUCCCUUUCAUUAUUAACAUAUUGAUGCA